AUGGCAUUUUGGUCCAGCACUUCGGUUUUCACCUCUAAAGUGCCCCGGAAAAUCUUAUUCAUGUUUACCCUCUCCCUCUCUGUCACCUAUUUGUUCUAUAGCUUGAUGAGCUGCUACAACUCGCUGCAGUUCCCCCUGCAAGAGAACUACGCGUAUCAAGGGAGGCUGGUGACAGAGGAGACAACUUUUGUGACAUUGAGGGAGAAACUUUAUUCCGUCUCCCAGGGCUUUACCGAAUUCACAGAGGCCGAGAGAACCACCGCGGUUUCCACCGUAAAGGAUCAUGCUGAGGCCGAACAAAGGACAGUGGAGUGGAUUAGGACUCAGGCGUCUCCAACUAAAUCGGUGGCGGCAUAUCACACCACCGCGCUGGAGAGGGAGCACCAGGAAUUCAGCACCACGGACAGCGAACUCAGGGUGAACUGCAGCAUGGAUUAUGGAGAGAAGAAACUUCCCCAAGCCAUCAUCAUAGGAGUGAAGAAAGGGGGGACCAGAGCCCUGCUGGAGGCUCUCAGGGUACACCCGGACGUCAGAGCCGUUGGAAAUGAGCCACAUUUCUUUGACAGGAAUUAUGAGAAGGGCCUGGACUGGUACCGAGACCUGAUGCCUUCAACGCUGGAGGGGCAAAUCACCAUGGAGAAGACACCCAGCUACUUUGUGACUAACCAUGCCCCAAAGCGCAUCCACUCCAUGGCCAGGGACAUCAAACUUAUUAUUGUGGUGCGUAAUCCUGUCACUAGAGCCAUUUCAGACUACACACAGACUUUGUCCAAGAAGCCUGAGAUCCCCACCUUUGAGGUUCUGGCGUUUAAGAACCGGACGCUGGGUCUUAUAGACGCCUCAUGGAGUGCAUUGCGUAUAGGAAUAUAUGCGCUCCACUUGGAGAGCUGGAUGCAGUAUUUCCCCCUCUCCCAAAUGCACUUUGUCAGCGGGGAGAGGCUCAUUGUGGAUCCCGCGGGUGAGAUGGCCAAAGUGCAGGACUUCUUGGGGCUGAAACGGAUCGUUACAGACAAACACUUUUACUUCAAUAAGACAAAAGGAUUUCCGUGUCUGAAGAAGCCGGAGGACAGCAGCACUCCCAGAUGCCUCGGCAAGUCUAAAGGGAGAACUCACCCUAAAAUUGACCCGGACGUGAUUCGACGGCUGCACAAGUUCUACAAACCCUUUAACAUGAUGUUCUACCAAAUGACUGGACAGAACUUUGAAUGGGAGCUGGAGGAGGAGGGUGAAUCUCGUAGCUCUCAGGACUAG